UGGCAGUCACACUACCAGAGCCCCACAGGAGCCUCACUCACAGAGAAAAGCCCCGCACACACUGACUCAGGCCUGGACACGGGGAUACAGUGUGCUGCCAAAUCAUAAUCACUUUACCUCUGAGUGACGCCUUGCUUUGCUAAAUCUCUUUAUUUUCUACCACAGACAUGGAGCUCCACAGUCUGCAUAGAACCUUUCAUCACAGCCACCUGGGUGAGGAGAAGCACCAGAUGCUGAACCUGAACAGACGCCUGGAGACCUACCUGAGCCGGGUCAAACUCCUGGAAGAGGAAAAUGCACUGCUUGCAAAAGAGCUCCACGGUCUGAGACGCAGCAAUCAGGGAGCCUCAAUACGAAGGAAGGGUCUGGAGGAAGAGCUGCGGAAGGCGAGGCUGGAGGUGGAUGUAGCCUGGAGGGACAGGGUCCACGCAGAGCUGGAGGUCGGCAGGCUGACCGAGGAGGUCCAAGCCCUGGACCUGCAGAGGCAGAGGGAGGCUCGGGACCAGGUAAAAGCCAAGACAAAACUGGACCAAAGCAGGAAGGAGCUGGAGGAGGAACAGAGGGCACAGAUCUGGCUGAGGGAGAAGGAGCACUUGGAGGGCCUUGAGGCAGACAAAGAGGAGCUGGGCCAGCAGACUGAUUGUCUCCCUCUGGAGAACCAACUCCUGCUGCAGCUGAAGAUGUCUCAGGGCCCGGAGGUGGCAACGCACAGGGUUAAGUGGUCUGGAGCCUAUCCCACCAUGCAGUAGUUUUCUCGAGCUUCUUCCCAGGUUUUCUGACCAGAAACAUCAGGGUCAUGAAUCCCAUAGCAGCUGGACUGGGAGUGUAACCAGCCAUCCUGACAAGCUUUACACUGUCUGUCUGAAACAACAGAGACAAACCAAUAAAUAUUGUUACUGCAUUAUGUUAUUUUAUUUUUUUUUACAUUAAUAACAGGAUCUGAACAUACUUUGGUUUUGUGGUUUUGGGCAGUAGGCAUCAAUGCUCCACUGAGCUCGACUGACGUUGAGCUCAUUCUCCAUCAUCUCGUUCUGGUUUUCUGCAGACAGCUUGGCGUUUUGUGAUUUCAGGUUCUGGUUUUCUGCAGUCAGCUUGGCGUUGUGUUCAGAAAUGACAGAGGUAACUACAGUAACAGACAGUGAUAGGAAAAGCUUAUUUAAAUAACACAUUUUAUACAAAAACUGUUAAAGAAGUGCUUACAUGAUCAUAAAAGUCAUCUUUUAAAUCACUUCUCAAGACAUGCCUUUACAAAAAGUGUUAUUAAUUUUAGUGCAUCUGUCCACUUCUAUCUCAUCCUACAGUAUAUGCCCCUUUUUAUUGUCUCAUUGUUGUGGAAUCUUAUUUUUUAACUUUAUAUCAUUUUAAAUUGCUUGAUUUAAUUUGCAUCUGUCUGUCCUCUCUGACUGUGUAACCCUGUUUUAUUAAGCGCUGUACUGAGGAUAGGUUCACAUGUCUCUAAUCUUCCUCUUUGUGUUCCCAUCACUCCUCUGCAGCUCAGCACAGAGUGUGUGUGUUUGUGUUUGAACUGACAUAACAUAACUUAACAUAGAAGGUACUCACAGUAGAUACGAAGGGCCAUGAUCACUGACAGAAUCACCCAGCACACUGCCACUGCUGGAAAAGACGGAGUGAAGGCAGAUCAAACAUGCUAAUGCUAAAAUUGAAUGUUACAUGCAGAAGAAUAACAGAAGAGAUCAAGAGAAGAAUAUGUUGAGCACACUGGGGAGAAAAAAAUCAUGAUUCUAAAUAUGUAUUUUAUAAUCAAUUUAAACAUUGUAAAAGUAACUGCUGGCAGCCAUGCAAAGCACCAGAGGAAGUUGAGAAUCUGCAUGUUUCAGCAUAUUAGAAAGUAUCCCACUGGCAGAUAAAAAAACAGUUUCUGAGUUUUUUUGUUCAUUCUGAAAAAGAACAUUAAGCAGCAGACCUAUAUGAGGGCUGAAAGGGAAAUGUUUAAAUAAGUUUAGUGUGCCAGUUUUAUAUUUCACAGAAAGUGUGUGGCUUUUAGUUCUGCUUUGAAGUUGUGACAGAGUUGUUGUUUGACUAGCAGCUAAUGCUGAGUUGUAAGAGGAAGCCUCCUCGUCAAAGCUUUUAUGCCCACACUGUUUUUCAAACAUCUUCUCACGCUGCUGCACCGUUCAUGAACAUUUCAACAGUGACUUUUUAUCAUGAUCAAUUAUCUUUCUGCUGAAUCUGAUGACCCAUUAGACAAACAAAAACAAGAGUUCCUCAAUUUAAAAACAUAUAUUAAAUCUUAUUUUUCCCUGCGCAGAGUGGAACAAUCCUAAUGCAAAAGGAUGGAAUUGGGUUCUAAAUUUGGUCUAGAAAAGGGCACAUUAUUCCACUGCCUUUGAAAGAAUUGUGGAAAGAUCACACAAACUAUAUCUGAGAUUAUCUCAAAAAUGAAAUAGCUUGGCUGUCCUCUGAUAUUCAUCCUUCGACUAUUCCCACCCGAGUUAAGACUGUCAGGUGCAAAAAGAUACUCACUACAGACUAAGCACUGUGUUACAAUCACCUAGAAGAGCACGGAGGCACCUAAGGUGGGACAUUGGUUAAAUAGCCUUUCUCACUGCCUAGCCAUGGAAAACGUUAUUUUAAAAUAUGGGGACAACUAAUCACAUUUCUUGAGUCACCUAGGAUGUUAGCUGAGUAUCUGAAAUUGAUUAUUGUAUAGACAGAAAGAUGUAAUGUUUGUACUUAAGAAUUGUGAUUUUUUAAUGUUGAUAUGAAGACGUGUAUGCAGUGUAUUCAUUCUGAAAAACCCAAUAAAUAUAAAUAAAAACUCA